AUGGGAGCUAAAUCAAAGUAUGUAAUCGUACAAUUAGCCAGUGUAAUUACUGGGUCAACUAGAGUUUGGGUGCGGGAACGUGCUGCCGACAAGUUCUCGGGAGUCUUUUUCGAUCCAGCAUUAGGCAAGAACUGCUUAUUUGAAGAAGCAAAGCGCAUAAAAGGUAAAUCUGAAUUACCAAAAAGAAUCAAACAAAUGUAUGAAAUCUCUGGUUAA